AUAUCAAUGCAGCGUGUCGGCCGACCCUUCGGCGAAGUCCCUUCAAACCCUAGGGGCGACUUGCCUCAAACAAGCUGCUCGGCACUGCCCCGCGACUUAUGGAGUGAUGUCUUGAGGUUCUUGGGUCCCAGGGAGAGCGUCAAAGUAGCAUGCUUGGACAAGUUCUGUCGCAGUCUGGUGUACGGGAGCGAGAUCCUCUGGCAAAAGCACUGCCUUUCAAGAUGGCCUGAUUGCCAAGGCGGCUUGCAGCAUGUGGCCGACGCCAUGAGCUGUGGCUCUGGCGUGGCCGGCAACAGCAAUAGCAGGAACAGCCACAACAGCAGCAGCAGCAACAACGAUCCGGAAAGCGAUGCUGGGGUGGCUGGAGUUGACAGCUGCUACCCGCUCGCGACGUCGUGGCGCCAGCUAUACGGGGACCUGGCGGCUACCGCGACCUUUCGAAUCGCGUUCGAGGAUGCAGCUGCUGCGACUGAGGAGGCCCGCACUCGGGGUGAGAUGCAGCAUGCGCCCACGGUGGAACGUUUCGUGCAGGCGGUGCACGCACUGGGCCUGGCGGCGUGUGCCCACGUCUCGGUGCGCCGCUGCCGGGCGUACGGGCGGCACGUACACGAUGAGCUGGGCUGGUGGCUGGCGGAGCGGCCGCAGGCGCUUGUGCGCUUUGUACGCUCGCUGCACGUGGGGCUUCUGGAUGCACAGCUGUGCGGCAGCUCUACGCUCGCGCGCAUGUGGAGCAGCACGUACUGCUGGCAGCGCAGUGCGGUACAGUUCCUGUUGGAGGCGCCGUUCUGGGACCGGUACGGCCAACUGCACCAACACCAGCAGCACCAGCAGCAGCCACCGCUGGCGGGGGUGGUGGCGGCGGGGGACGCCGGCCAGUGGGCGGCAUUGCAGCGCCUACUCAGAGAGUGCGAGGCUCUCGAUGCGACCAUUCGACGGCUGCACAAGGACGUGCCGGCAGCCAUGAGCCUGGGCCUGGCGGCGGUGGGCUGUAGCACCGCCGACUCGGAGGCCCUAGCAGCAGCAGCGGAGCCGUCUGUUAGCGGCGGUAAGCUGCCCAGCUUUGUGGCGGGCGGAGGGGGCCAGGGUCUCUGCCAGCGGGGGCUCUGCUUCGAUGACGUGGAGGAGGAGUGGCGGGCGGGCGGCCACGCAGAGAGCUCGUCGGGUCGCGGCGGGCUGCUAGCGUGCCGGCGGCUGGUGGAGCCCCGCUCACACUGGUGGGCGUGGAUGCCGUGAGGGGAAGGAAGGUGCGCACAAGGGCGCGCGAAGGUAAGGCGGCACGCGUGUCGCCACAGUCGUGGCUGCUGUGGUUUUGGCGCCGCCUCCGGCGGCUUCCGUGCCCACUGACACACCUGACGGCACGGGCUAUGCCGCCGGCAGCCGGAAAUGUCAGCAGGCCAAUAAUCUUUGGGAGGUUUAGGCAGUUGAGGUUGUGGUGCAGCUGUCAGUGACAUGGCAGGAGAAUCAGUAGUAGAAGCAACGGGGCAUACGGAAGGCACUUAUAUUGAGUGCGUGGUAGGGGCGUCGUAGUUGUUGCAUUUCAGACUUGUAUGGCAGGUGGCGCUAAACAGAACUGUGCAGGAUGGUGAGUCGCCAGGUCCUGCAAGGGCUGGAGCAAAGACGCAGGAGGUGGCGAGCGUGUGGGUGGAUCCGAGGCAGCCGGGGCAAAGGCGUGGCCUGACACUGUGGUAAUGCGCGAUGGUGCGCAGGAGAAGCAGACGCUUACCUAUAGUUGUAUAUGAGCAACAAGCAGCAUUAUUCUCCGUGUUGCAGAACACGGGCGUGAGCAAUUACUUCACCACAGAAACAGUGUAAG